AUGGGCUACGGACGAGGAGGUCCCCCGCCGAACCAAGGCUACCGGCAACAAGAUUAUUAUGGCCCGGGUCCGGGAGGUCCAGGAGGUCCCGGCAGAGGUGGUCGACCCAUGCCACCUGGUGGGAGAGGAGGACCUAUGCAAAGGGGAGGGCCGAUGUCGAGAGGAGGACCAAGAGGCGGUGGGCCGGGACCAGGGCGCGGUGGAUUUCUAGGGCCUGGCCGAGGAGGUCGACCUGGCCCCCUCGACCGAUCAGCCUCGUCAGAUCCGAGUGCAAAUCGGGUAGGACCUCCUGUACUGAGUCCUGCCGAAAGAGACUUUGGUAGUCCUUUCCCGGUAUUUCCCGGCCGAAAUAGGAAGUCCGACUUCGACGAAGAAGUACGAAUUCUGGAUGACAUGGCACAUUUAAACAUGAAUGCAGGUGCAGGUGGAGGUGGAGGUGGAGGUGCAGGCCCAGGGCCAGGCGGUGCGGGUGGAAGAAGGCCGGGACCUCCGCCCGGCCAAGGCGGCGACCCGUCGAUGAGAGGACCGCCGCGGCGGGCUCCAAGCAUGGAUGAUUAUGGCGGCGGUGGGAGGCCUUCCAUGGACGGUCAGAGAGGACCACCUCAAGGCUACCCUGAUCCAAGAAGAGGGCCACCUCAAGACCAGGGCUACGGAGGCUAUCGUGACGACGGAUAUGGCGCGCCAAUGUCUCCUGUACGGGAUGGAUUCGGCCCACCAGGACGAAGCAUGACAAUGCCAAACAAUGUCGAGCCGAUGGGCAUGCGCAAUGGUGGAUUGCCAGCCCGCAGCGACAGUUCUCCUUAUAACGGCCCGGCCGGUCGCAACAUUCCGAGACCGUCGACUGCGCAAGCUGGAGGGGGCGGUCCGCCACCGCACAGAAUGUACCCGAACCAAGGGCCUCCUGCUCCUCCUCCACCUCAGCCCCAGCCGCAAUUCGACGACUAUCAAGCUCCGAAUCCGUCGUGGGCAAACGAGCCACGAGUGCGGGCCUCGUUCGGCGACUUUUAUGACGCUUACUAUCACCCACAAAACAGCGACAACGAAUACCCUCCCCAGAAUGGCACCGGACCUGGACCACAGCCCACCGAUAUACCCGAUUUUGACGCGGCACCUGCCCAGCCAUCGCGAAGCUCAUUCGAGCAACAUAUGCUACCUGGGCCUGGUGCGAUGCCUAAUGCGAUGCCUGGCAUGCCUCAACCAGGUCCUGCUCGUGUCCCUGAGAUGAGUCGAACGAAAUCCCAACCGAAUUUGCGUGAGCCACAGGCUGCAGUCUUCGAGAUGGCUGGCGAGAUGCCGCCCGUUCCCAGCGGCGGUUUUCAAGCGUACAACGGACAACCGGCAGGUUUGCCUAAUGGACCCGCGCCUCCGAAACCACAGACUGGCCCAGGCAACGGCCAUCCAGCUCCGGUUCGACCUGGAUUGAUGCAGGGCUCCAUGGUCAACUUGAACGACAAGCCUGCGCCCCAGCGUAACUACAAUGGUCCGCCUCCAGCAGCUACUAUGGCCCAGGGACGACCUUCACCACAGCCUCCACAGCCUCCACAGCCUGGGCAGCCUGGGCGGCCGCCUUCGAUCCAACAUGUUCCAGUGACGGUGGAAGAAUUGGAACGUUUGCGUGCUACCAUCAAGACAAAUCCCAACGAUCAGCAAUCGGCACUCAGCCUUGCCAAAAAAUUGGUUGAAGCUGCCGACGUCCUCGUUCCGAGACUUCCAGACCCCAAGUCGCGAUCAAGAGCUCGGGAACGCUAUGUCAUGGACGCGCACAAGAUUCUGAAGAAGCUCGUCAAUGCUCAGAAUUCCGACGCCAUGUUCUUCCUGGCGGAUUCCAUGGGACGAGGCAUUAUGGGAACGGAGCCUGACAACAAGGAGGCCUUCACUUUGUACCAGGCUGCUGCCAAGUUGGGUCACGCUGCAGCCGCCUACAGAACGGCUGUUUGCUGUGAAAUCGGCAACGAAGAUGGAGGUGGUACGCGUAAGGACCCGCUCAAGGCGAUUCAGUGGUACAAGCGAGCCGCCACGCUCGGCGACACGCCUGCGAUGUACAAGGUUGGAAUGAUCAUGCUCAAAGGACUGCUUGGUCAGCCUAAGAACCCUCGCGAGGCUGUCGGUUGGCUCAAGAGGGCGGCAGAGCGUGCCGAUGCCGAGAACCCGCAUGCGCUACACGAGCUUGGUCUGUUGUACGAGUCGGCUCAGCCAAACGAUACCAUUAUUCGGGACGAACCUUAUGCUUUGAGCCUGUUUGAGCAAGCUGCGCAACUCGGCUACAAGUUCAGCCAGUUCAGGAUGGGUUGCGCUUACGAAUACGGCCUCAUGGGUUGCCCAGUCGACCCAAGGACUUCUAUAAUGUGGUAUUCCCGGGCGGCAACCCAGGAGGAACAUCAGUCUGAGCUGGCUCUGAGUGGUUGGUAUCUGACUGGCAGCGAAGGAACGCUCCAACAGAGUGACACAGAAGCAUACCUAUGGGCCAGAAAAGCAGCGCAGGCCGGCCUGGCGAAGGCGGAGUAUGCUAUGGGCUAUUUCACCGAAGUCGGCAUCGGAGUUCCUGCCAAUUUGGAGGAUGCAAAGCGAUGGUACUGGCGAGCUGCUGCCCAAGAUUUCCCCAAGGCUCGCGAGCGCCUGGAAGAUCUGAAACGAGCCGGGAAGAAUGGUCCGCGACCACGAGAGCGCAUCUCGCGAAGUAAGAUCGGCAAGCAGCAAGAAGGCGAGUGCUCGGUGAUGUAG